AAAGAACAGAUUCUUGGUCUUACUUGAAACUUUUUUCUAGGGCGCGAGUUCUGACACCCUGUAAAGGGUGGCUAUAGUAUUGUAUAAGAAGUUAAAUAAUUUAUAAUUUUAUUUUUUAUUUUUAAAUAGUUAAGAAAGACUUCUAUGCGCAUAGUAGGCGGCCGCCCAAUCCCCAUCACCGCCAUCCCCUACCAGCUCAGUCUCCGCCUCAACUCCCGCCCCAUCUGCGGCGCCGCCCUCAUCAGUCCCUCCCUCGCCGUAAGCGCCGCCCAUUGUUUCCCCCGUCCCGGCGCCUACUCCAUCAAAGCCGGUAUCACCUCCCUCAAGGAAGCCGGUGAAGUAGUCCACGUGGAUCGCGCCCAAAUCCACCCUAAGUACGACUCAAACGGCGUCGACUACGACAUCGCUCUUGUCUUCCUCCGCUGCUCACUCUACUACACUUCUAAAAUCCGCCCCGUUGCUUUGCCACGCCUCGAUCAACCGCUUCGUGUCGGAAUGGUGGGGGUUGUGAGUGGGUGGGGGGUGAUGUUCUCCAAUAACGCGAAGAGUUUUUCGAAUGAGUUGAGAGAGGUGGAAGCGCCGGUGUUGGAUUGGCAAAAGUGCAAAAAGGUGUAUCCGGGGGAUAUGACACCGAGACUCUUCUGUGCCGGGUAUUUGGAAGGGGGCAAGGAUUCGUGUCAGGGGGACUCAGGGGGGCCAUUUGUCGUCAAUGGGGUUUUAUACGGGAUUGUGUCGGCGGGGAUGGACUGCGCACAGCCGGGAUUCCCCGGGAUUUACACCAACGUUUUUGAACUAAGAGGGUUCAUAAGGGAAUAUGGCAAUAUUUGAUUAA